AUGUCGGAAACUCACUCUGGUGCUGCCACCUACAAGAAAGUGAAUGGUAUGCUUCGAGUUGAUGAAGAUGCUUCACCAGCGAACUUAAUUUGGAGAUCGACUGACGGGGACAAAAGUACUACAAUAGAGUUGAAUAUGGUCGACAAGUUGCAGGCAACUCCAGCUUCUAGUGAUAAAAUGAUGUUAAGAAUUGUCGGCAAGAUUGAUUCCGGUAUAAAGAAAAGAAAAGAUAAUGAAGGGAACGAAAUACCAAUUAAACCACCGGUGCAUAUGUUCACAUUUAACAACAGAACUGUCAUGGACAAUAUCAAAGAAACUUUACAGCAUAUCAUCGCGAGAUAUAAGGAUGAAGAAUCGACACAAGAGAAGCACAAGAAUGAGACAGAAAUUUCCCCUGCAAACACACCAGUGGCUUCUGAAACUCCGCAACCAUCUCAUCUGCCGCAAGAUUUAAUCAACACCGCGAUGCUUGACAGCUCGCUAACCAAAUCAAAAUUAUUGUCAAAUCUCAUGCUUCAACAAUCAUUGUUAAAGGAAAGUAAAGAAUUGAUGAACAUUUUUCAAGAUACUGUGAUAAAAUCAGGCCUACCACCGCAUGAGUUCUGGUCCACACGUAUACCAUUAUUAAGGGCUUAUGCUUUAUCGACUUCUCAGAAGAUUGGUCCGUACAAUGUUCUCUCAACCAUUAAGCCAGUAGCUUCUUCUGAUAAUAAGGUGAAUGUUAACGUUUCCAGAGAGAAAAUCCAUACUAUAUUUCAAAGCUAUCCCAUUGUGAAAAAGGCGUAUGAUGACAACGUACCGAAGAACUUUAAGGAACAAGAAUUUUGGGCUAGAUUUUUCUCCUCCAAAUUGUUCCGUAAAUUGAGAGGUGAACGUAUUAUGAACCAUGAUCGUGGUGAUAUAAUUAUCGAUCGUUACCUCUCUUUAGAUCAGGAAUAUGAUAGACGAGAUGAUGAGUUAUUACAACAUUCUGUGAGAAAAACUAUAGAUAUUGAGGGUAAUUUGAACGAUGAUCCUGUUAAGAAGGGACAUAGACCUGAUUUUACUAUGCGCUCUGGUAUCGAUCCAAACGGUAACAGUGACGGUGGUAUGGCGAUCUUACGAGGCAUGAACAGAUUAAGUGAGAAAAUGGUGGAGUCUCUAGAAAACGAAUAUUCGAGGGUGAAUCUUCCACAAGAAGAUCCAGAUAAAGAAGAAAGAGAAGAAAUUCUGUAUUCAGAUUUAGAGAAAGAUGCUCCAGCUGACUACGCAGAGAUUAAACUCAAAAGAAAAGUAUUGGAUGCCAAAAACCAACAGAUGCAUAAAGAGAACAGUUCCGUAUCCUGGCUUGAAGUCAAGAACGAAAUAAGUUCCAUUACUACUUUUAUGGAUAAGUCGACUUUGGACUUGACUACAUUGACAAAGAUAUCACCGGAGGUAACAAGAUCAAUUAACCAAAGACUUAUGAAAGCCGUCAAGAUAAAUGCAAAACAAUCAAAGCACAUGAACACUGACCAAAUGCUCGGCACCACAAUCUCCAGUACCAGUAUGUUCCAAGAGGCAAGUAAGGAGUCAACUUCUCAAUUACCACCUAGUAUAUUGGAAAGUUGCAGAAUGCUAAAUAAUAGCUGUUGCGAGUUUUUGAAGCAUUUCUACAUUAACUUUCAAAGUGGUGAUCCUAGAAAGACCAUGCUAAUAAAAAAAUUAUACAAAAAUUUAAUGGAUUGCCAGGAAAAAAUAGACUCUUUGUUGAACUCUGUUGACAGUGAGGAGAAUCAAGAAAUUGCAAAAUACUGCAAAGCAUACCUUGUGCAUGUUCUCGAUUCUGUAAAUUUAGGCAUCCAUAAAUAUCGGACUCUAGUUAAGCAAGGACACACUGCAUAA